UUCGUCGCGCCGUCAGUCUGCCGUAACGUGGCGGCGCUGCGCUCGCCUGUCGCAGGAGUGGUUCGAACUGUCAUUGUGGAACGUUCAUUUUCAUGUAGUUUUCUGUGAUAAGAUUACUGUAAAAUUAUAGUUUAGCGUAUUAAUUAAAACAAUAACGAUGUCUACAUCGGGUGAAUUUGGUAAUCCUUUACGCAAAUUCAAGCUUGUCUUUCUCGGCGAACAGAGUGUUGGGAAGACGUCUCUCAUCACUAGAUUCAUGUACGACAGCUUCGACAAUACUUAUCAGGCAACAAUUGGAAUAGAUUUUCUAUCGAAGACUAUGUACUUGGAAGACCGUACGGUGCGACUCCAGUUGUGGGACACUGCGGGCCAAGAGCGGUUCCGGUCCCUCAUACCUUCAUACAUAAGAGAUUCGACUGUGGCGGUUGUUGUUUAUGAUAUCACUAACGCGAACUCAUUCCACCAGACUUCGAAAUGGAUCGACGACGUUCGCACGGAGCGUGGUUCUGACGUCAUCAUCAUGUUGGUCGGCAACAAGACCGAUCUCUCGGACAAGAGACAGGUCUCGACCGAGGAAGGCGACAAGAAGGCCAAGGAACUGAACGUGAUGUUCAUAGAGACAAGCGCCAAAGCUGGUUACAAUGUUAAACAGUUAUUCCGAAGAGUAGCUGCUGCCCUGCCUGGCAUGGACUCUGCUGAAAACAAACCUCCCGAAGACACUGUGGACUUGCAGACCCAAUCUCCGAUGUGUUCGGUACAGGAGGGGAACGAGAGCGGAUGCGUGUGUUAAGCACUGGCUGUGUUCAGCCCACCAGCCCGGCGCACCCCUCGCACUGCUUUAUAUCCUUAACAUCAGCGCACAACGUCUGUUAGCAAAAUGGGUAGCAGAAAAUCGGCACAGCGCGAUAACGUGUGCCGCAACCUCAAUCGAAUCCGUUAUCUCUGUAUGUUUUAUAAAAAAAUACUAUUAAUAUUGUAAGUGAAAAUAUUUAUCAGUGCUAUUACGUGGUUAUUUUUGAUUACCACGUGUAUUAAACACUGAUUAUGUUACAUGUUUUAAUGAUUGACACAUUGAAAAUAAUCGGUAGACAUUAUUAAAGGUUGCUUAAAAGGGUUUGUUUUUCAUAAAUCCAAAUUUAUUCACAAAAUUAAAGUUUUUGACGUGACAACGUCUUAUAAUUUGAUGGAGCCGGCUACAUGCAUGAAAAAACAUGACUCAUGCGGCGUUACCUCGCUCUGAGGCGUUCCAUUU